CGUUCCUUGUGGAAUCAAAAUGGCUACAAGGAGGAAAUCGGCAAGUCGUGUUCAAACAGAAACAUUAGAUGACCAAAAUCCUUCUAAUUGGACUUCAUCUCAACUUAAGGCUGCCCUCAGUAAAUUAGGGAUCAAGAUUACCGGAAAUUUAUCUAACAGUAGUUUAAGAAGACUGUAUUUGGACAAUCAAACAAAAAAUAGUUCCGCUACGAUUGACAAUUCCGAUAAUUUAGCUGAACGGAAUACAGUUUCUGACGGAAACUAUUCUUUAAACGUAAGUGAUGCUACUAUACGUGAUCCUAUUGACAUACAUACUUCCGAUCGCGAUGUUCACCCAACUCCUAUAUCAACCGUUCAACAGGAGAUUGCUACGCCGUCAACAUCUUAUGCCCACGCAAUUCCUCAGCUUCCGCCCACUGCUGCAUCUGCGCACGCAACCGUAAACAAUAACAAUCAAAAUGUAAACAUGCAAAACCUCUUGAUGAAUACAAUUCAACUAUGCCAGCAAUCUAUGCAACAAAUGAAUAAACAAGGAGAGCAGAUACAGCCAAGUUUCAAUCUAUCAACGGCUUUAGGACAUGGUUCAACUUCCCUAGGCAUUGCGUCGUCUUUUAAUUCCACUAUUCCCGUUUAUUCUUCUAAUUCAUCAACUCCAGGAAAAUUCGGAUUCCCAGCUUCAUCGUUUUCAGCUGUUGACAUGGUUUCCCCCGAACUACGGAACGAUAUCAUUACAGAUGAACAAGUUCAGACUUUUAGCGCCUCUAGCAGAAGCAACAGCCACUCCUUGCCCACAGCUUUCAGACAUUCUCUGGACAGCUCAGUAGAGACAUUAUGGAAGUAUUCUGUAGCAGACAGUACAAGAUCGCAUUACACUACAGGUUUUGACUUAUAUAAGAAGUUCUCCUUACUACAGGGAUCAUUCUGGACUUCAAAUGAAAUGCCGCCGGUUUCAGAAACUUUGUUAAUGAGAUUUGUUGCCUUUUGCGAUGAACAUAAAAGCUUAAAAUAUAGUACUAUUAAACUGUAUUUAUGUGGUAUAAGAUAUUAUUACUUGCAAUAUGCAGGAUUUAGUCCUUUAGAACAAUAUGGCAAGCCAUUAUUAUGUUUACAAUCUAUUUUAAAUGGUUUAAAAAAGAAGCAGAAAGGUUGUGUUAAAAGGCCUAGAUUGCCAAUUACUAUGUCUUUGUUGUAUAAAAUGGUUAUGCUAUUGAGAAACAAUUUUUUCAGUCUUUUUAACAAUGUUAUGUUAGAAGCAGCUUGUGUUGUAGCUUUUUUUGCUUUUUUGCGUUGUGGAGAGUUCACUAUACUUAGCAACUUUGAUUCGGAAACACAUUUGUGUGUUGGUGAUUUAGCAAUUUUUGAAGAUCACAUUUUAUUACAUUUGAAAAAAUCAAAAACAGAUCCUUUCAGACAAGGUGUCACUAUACCCUUAUACAAAAGUGGACACACUAUUUGUCCUUGCUUUGCUAUUAAAAAUUAUUUGUCUCUUCGAAAGAAAAUGUCAAGUAUAACAUCUGAUGCCUUGUUUGUCUCUGAUGAUGGCAAUCCUUUAAGUAGACAAUUUUUUAUUAAACAUGUCAAAAUUAUUUUAGAAAAUUUAGGCCUUGAAAGCAAAAAUUAUAAUGGGCAUUCUUUCAGAAUUGGAGCAGCAACAACAGCACAGGAAGUAAGAUUAGAAGACCACUUAAUUAAAACUUUAGGCAGGUGGUCAUCAGAUUGUUAUACUAGGUAUAUUCAUACCAGCCCUAAAGUAAUUCAACAAGCUCAAAAUCAGUUAGUUUCAUCAAUUUCCUUGUCUUAAACUUUUGUACUGGCAAUAAAAGGAGAAUUAAACUUGGGGCUACAGCUGCUUCGCAUCUGUAUUUGGACUUUUCGAUAAAAUUGUAUACUUUUAUCAUCAAAUUUUAUCUUAUCCCCCAAGUUUUCUGUAUAUAUUAAUUUUCAUUUAUAUGUUAAAAGGGGGAUAACUCUUAAAGUUUAUUAUGUGAAUGCAGCUGUUAGUCCCCAGUUUUUCCAAUGUAAUUUCUAUUUUCAUAUUAUAUAUUAGUUUUAAUAAAUAGUUUUAUUAGCACUGGAUCUUUAUUUAGUCUGAGGAUAAUUAUAUUCCACAUUGAAAAACAACACAUAGAGUUACUUAUCACAAUAUUGGAUAUCAAAAGAGAUGCAAGGUAUACAUCAGUGAGAUAGUUCUGUCUUGGAAACUUAAGACUUAAGGUCAAAUACAGUCUUCAACAAUAAUGUUAUUUCCAUCUCUGUCUACUUUAAGGAUGAAUAUAAAUUAACAAUUAUUUGGAUAAUUGAUGUUUAUAUAAAGGAUUAACUUAGUUUUAGUCAAAGAUAGGUUUUCCCCAUUUGUACCUCUUUAUCAUGUUAGCCUCAUUUUCAAAUUAUUUUGGGAUAUACGUCAUCUAUAUUGCUGCUCUUGGAUCAAUAGCAGUGCCCCUUUUGUCAUCAGAUAUUUUCAUUACAUUUUGAUUGGAUUUUCAUAUUUUAAAUUUCCGCCACCAUCCCCACCUCUCUCCUUUUGUUGCCAGUGCCUCUGGGGACUAUUUAGUAGUCAUUACUAUUGUUGUAUAUACAUGAACGUAUACCUGUAAUUU